UCGGCGAAAAGAUUUGUAGUUGUGUGAGCGUAACAUCACACUCUCUCUCUGUCUCUAAGCUGUCAACGAGCAGCAGCAGCCUUUUGAUCCGAAAAUUAUCGAAAUCCAAAGAGCCACAGCAACAAAAGAGCGAAAAGAAGAACGGGAAGGCGGAUGUAGGCAAAAAGGAUUGCCCUAAUUUCGCUCUCUUCGGGAUCAGAUUCGUCGUCCAGGAGGAGGAUGCCGUCGGGGUGCCCUACUUUCACCUUCCUCGUCUUCUCCUCGCUUCCAUUGCUGUAGAUUUGAAGGGGGGAAAACAAUAGGAUGAGCGAUUCCGAAGCCUCCGGUUGGCCUGACGCGUGUUAACUCGGUCACAGGCUUGGCAGCGCACUGGCCUUUCUCACUCCAUGGCCAAGCGGGUUUAUCAGGCUUGGAAAGGAAAUAAUAGGUUCUUGUUGCAUGGGAGGUUAAUAUUUGGACCGGAUGCCAGGUCACUGUUUGUCACUGUUUCGCUCAUUGUUGUUCCUGUAGUGAUCUUUUGCAUAUUUGUUGCGAGACAUCUUCUCCACAAGUUUCCUGCCUACAAUGCAGGAUAUGCUGUUCUGGUGGUUGUAAUAGUGUUCACAAUCCAUGUACUGCUCAUGUUACUGAUGACUUCAGUUCGAGACCCAGGUAUUGUACCACGAGCUUUGCAUCCACCAGAAGAAGAUUUCAAUUAUGAUACUUCAGCUCGUAAUGACUUUGGUGGGAGACACACACCUAGUCUAACAUUUCCACGCAUAAAAGAAGUAACUGUUAAUGGAAUGACUGUUAAAGUUAAAUAUUGUGAUACUUGCAUGAUCUAUCGGCCUCCUCGUUGUUCUCAUUGCUCAAUAUGCAAUAAUUGUGUGGAACGUUUUGACCAUCAUUGCCCCUGGGUUGGCCAAUGCAUUGGGCAGCGCAAUUACCGCUACUUUUUCCUCUUUGUCUCUUCGUCAACUCUUCUUUGCAUAUAUGUAUUUGCGAUGAGUGCAUUGUACAUCAAGUUUCUGAUGGAUGAGGAUUAUCCUACAGUAUGGAAGGCAAUGAAACAGUCUCCUGCAUCAGUGGUGCUGAUGAUAUAUUGUUUUGUUUCUCUCUGGUUUGUCGGUGGUCUCACUGGAUUUCAUUUAUACCUUAUUGGCACCAAUCAGACAACCUAUGAAAACUUUCGCUACAGAGCUGACAACAGGGUCAGUGCCUAUGACCGAGGGUGUUUGAACAACUUUGCAGAAGUACUCUGCACAAAGAUUAAACCUUCUCAAAACAGUUUUAGAGCCUAUGUACAAGAAGAAUCAGCAAGACCUCACCCGGUUAAUCGCCCAAGGAAUGUGGAAGAAGAACCUGCCAGUAGUCCACGUGUAAAAGUCGAAGAUGAUCAUGACAUUGGCGGGGACCUCUUGAAAAUCUCUGGGCGACGUAAUUACGAAGAGGUCGAUGUGGAGAUGGGUAGUAGGGACAGCAAUGAGUUGCAUGGUGUCCUCUCAGAGUCUGAGUUCAUGAAGAGCGAAGUGAAGAGCUCAAGCCGUGGUAGGAGAAGUGGGAGUUGGGAUCUCACUCCAGCGGUGAUAGCUGCUAGCUCUUCAGUAACCGAAGUUGAAAUUCCGAUCCAAAACACACUGCAGCAGUGAAGCAUGCAUCUAUUCACAUCUCACAAACAGUCGAUGUAUUCCUGAAGGAGAACGAUCAGGCGAAGUUAGAAGUAAGAUUAGCAAGGUAACUGCAGCUUGACUUAUCUCCCAGGUUUAUGAAGCCUUAUUUUCCUUGCCUUAUGAGUAUCUAGUUUUAUGUGGUUUGGUCGGUGGUGCUAAAGUGAAAAGAACCAAAAUUGUUGACGCUGUAUCCUAUUUGUUCAGUGUGUUAUUAUCGAUCAUUUGAUUCUUAGUUAA